AUGAUUCCGACAGGCUCUCUCACCAUGCUUGCGCUCCUGUCUCUCUGUGUAGGAGCUCUGUUGUCUCCGGACACAUCCGCCGCUUGUCCCCGGCCUCCCUGCAGGGACAGCCUGGUGGCCAUGCCACCUGCACAGGCUGGGACGGGAGCGGGAGCGAGCACCGAGGCCUGCGAGGGUCAAACCGACAGCACAAGUUGCAGAGCGGUGGCCUCCCUCCCAGCCAUCUCAGAGACCGGCAGGCACAGGCAGGAUCUACCACAGUUUCAGCCGGAGACGGAGGAUGUCACCGAGCGUCUAGUUCAGCUGCAGCGCUGCAUGCGCUCGCUCCAGGAAACAGAGGGCCCCCAGAGGCAGGGAGGGCAGGAAGGCGACUCGCUGCGGGCCAUCCUGGCACUGAUGGUGGCGGUGCUGACUGAGUGCGACCUCCACUGUCACAGCCAGGCGCUGAGGGCCAUGGCCAAACGACUCGAGGGUGCAGCCGUUGGAAGACGAGGGGAGAAGGACCUGCUGCUUCUACUGAGGAGCAUCACACAGUAUCCACCCACAGUUGCCCCCUUGGCAAGGUUACAUCCUCAGGACUGCGCUGAGAUCUACAAGCUGGGGAUCGAAGAGGAUGGAAUCUAUACCAUUCAGCCUGACCUGCACAGACCGGCUGUGGAGGCCAAGUGUGACAUGGAGACAGCAGGCGGAGGUUGGACGGUGUUCCAGAGUCGGUGGGAUGGCUCGCUGGACUUCAACCGGACGUGGCAGGAAUACCGGGAGGGCUUUGGAUCUCCGCAAGGAGAGCACUGGCUGGGGAACGCAGCGCUCCAGGCCCUCACAUCCACUGGCCAGCACCAGCUCCGCGUCGAACUUGAGGACUGGUACCAGCAGAAACGCCAAGCCACCUACAGCAGCUUCAAAGUGGCUUCGGAGGCACAGAGGUAUCGCCUGACAGCGCGGGAGUACUCGGGUAAUGCGGGCAACGCCCUGAGCUAUAGCAAGCGCUACAACCACGACGGAAGAGCUUUCAGCACCGCCGACCGGGACCACGACCGAUACAGCGCCGGCAACUGUGCCCAGUACUACGGCGCAGGCUGGUGGUUUGAUGCCUGCUUGGCAGCCAACCUGAACGGGAAGUACUACCGCGGGCGAUACAGCGGCCUGACCAACGGCAUCUACUGGGGCACGUGGUACAUUCUGACCGACAGCCGCUCCGGAGAGCGCUACUCCUUUAAGAGGGUGGAGAUGAAGACGAGGCCUCGGCACUUUACUGGACCGGUCUAG